AUGGAGGGUUUCUCAAGAUACAUGGAUAGAGUUGCUAAUCAAGAUUUGUUUAGGGGUUUCUCUGUUUCACCAUCGAGUAUUUCCAUUAACCAUCUUCAUUAUGAAGAUGAUAUUAUUUUUUUCAUUGAUCAUAAAAAAGAGGAGCUCCACAACUUGUUUUCGUCACUUCAAUGCUUUGAGUACAUUGCCGGUUUAAAAGUUAACACCUCUAAAACCAGGCUUAUUGCAGUGGAGAAUGUACCAGAAUUACCUAUUUGGGCUGAAGAAUUUGGUUGCCCGACUGAUUGCUUACCUUUCAUGUAUUUGGGUAUGCCACUUGGUGCAAAGUCCGUCUCUAAAAGCAUUUGGGUAGCUAUUAUCGAGAAGUUUGAUUCUAGAUUAUCCCCAUGGAGAAAGAUAUCUUUAUCCAAGGGUGGAAAAUUUGUUCUCCUAAAGUGCAUCUUAUCUUCUUUGCCCAGUUACUAUUUCUCUUUAUUUAAGGCUCCAGUUUCUAUCAUUAAGAUUUUAGAGAAAAAGAUGCAGGCUGAUGAUUAUGCAGCGCUCCUUACUCUAAUAGGAGAUACUCCUCCAAUUGCAGAUGGUUUGGCAGAUACUAGGCGAUGGUCAUUACAUGCUUCAGGCAGCAAUACCUGGAGUCUGAUACACGGAAAACUAAAUACAAAAGAUGUUCUUCAGCACAAAGGAAUUCCGUUGCAUUAUUCCUGUGUACUAUGUGGGGAUGCUCCAGAGUCUCAAAAUCAUUUAUUCUUACAUUGUAAGGUUGCAUUCAGAGUAUGGUCCAUGUUACUUCCUAGCUCUCACUAUGCUUGGGUCAUUCCUAGAACUAUACAGAUGUUAGCAAGCAGUUGGCUUCACACAAACUUUUCAAGUAAUGGAAAUUUCAUUUGA